GCGCAGCGCGCGUCCCACCUCUAUAAAGGGCAGGUCUCAUGGGCCGAAGAGGCCACCACCCCACCCCCACUUUUGCUGCUGCGGACCGCGCCUCAUCGCGUCCCGUCUCCACCCGCGCCUCUCCUCUCGUCCCGCGCCUCGGCCGCCGUCUGAUUCCGUUGGAGGCUAGGAGGAGCUCCUCAAAAUGGUGACCAACGUGGUGGACCUACGGUCGGACACGGUGACGAAGCCCUCCGACGCGAUGCGCGCCGCCAUGGCCGCCGCGGACGUGGACGACGACGUCCUUGGCGCCGACCCGACCGCGCACCGCUUCGAGAUGGAGAUGGCGAGGAUCACGGGCAAGGAGGCCGCGCUGUUCGUGCCGUCCGGCACCAUGGCCAACCUCAUCUCCGUCCUCGUCCACUGCGACACCAGGGGCAGCGAGGUCAUCCUCGGCGACAACUCCCACAUCCAUAUCUACGAGAACGGCGGGAUCUCCACCAUCGGCGGCGUCCACCCCAAGACCGUCAGGAACAACCCCGAUGGAACCAUGGACAUCGACAAGAUUGUCGUCGCCAUCAGGCAUCCGGAUGGGGCGCUGUAUUAUCCGACCACAAGGCUGAUCUGCCUGGAGAAUACCCAUGCAAACUGUGGUGGAAAGUGUCUGUCUGCUGAAUAUACUGACGAGGUUGGUGAAGUUGCCAAGAGUCAUGGUCUGAAGCUUCACAUAGAUGGAGCUCGCAUUUUUAAUGCUUCUGUGGCCCUUGGAGUUCCUGUUCAUCGACUUGUGAAAGCUGCGGAUUCAGUCUCGGUGUGCAUAUCUAAAGGGUUAGGCGCUCCUGUUGGAUCAGUUAUUGUUGGUUCGACGGCCUUCAUAGAAAAGGCUAAAAUUCUUAGGAAGACACUAGGUGGUGGAAUGAGGCAAGUGGGAAUUCUUUGUGCGGCUGCCUAUGUUGCCGUUCGCGACACUGUAGGAAAACUUGCUGAUGACCAUAGAAGGGCUAAAGUUUUAGCAGAUGGUCUGAAGAAAAUCAAGCAUUUUAGAGUUGAUACAACUUCAGUGGAGACCAAUAUGGUAUUCUUUGAUAUUGUGGAUUCACGCAUAUCACCUGACAAACUGUGUCAAGUCCUUGAACAACGCAAUGUGCUUGCCAUGCCAGCAGGCUCGAAGAGCAUGAGGCUUGUCAUCCACUACCAAAUUUCUGAUAGUGAUGUUCAGUAUGCACUGACAUGCGUGGAGAAAGCUGCUGAAGAAAUACUGACAGGCAGUAAGAAGUUUGAACAUCUGACAAACGGUACUACCAGGAAUUCAUACGGGCACUAGUAGAUCACUCCUUUCGUGCCCACUGAUGCAUCAGUCCAGCGUCCAGCUUGCUUGUCAUCUCAUGACUGAUGUACUCACAACUUGGCUUAAUAAUAACUGAUGUUCACUCUGUUGGAAUGAGCUGUUACUAUGUGCGCGGUGGUUCACCUUCAAAUAACUGCCUUUUUCUGUU